CGCUCGCUUGACUUCAUUAACUCACUCACUCACCGACGAUACCCCUCCGCGCCCUUAGACUGAUACGAAUUUUCACCGUUCACUGAGAAUUCAGCGUGACUUUCUCUUUCUUAGUUUCUGACCCAUUGUUGCGGUUAGAAAUGGACGGCGAGGAAUUGACGGCGCAAGAGACCGCUUUGUAUGACCGUCAAAUUAGGGUUUGGGGUGCAGAUGCUCAAAGAAGAUUAAGCAAAGCUCAUGUAUUAGUCUAUGGAAUGAAAGGAACUAUAGCUGAGUUUUGCAAAAAUAUUGUUCUGGCUGGAGUAGGUAGUUUGACCUUAAUCGAUGAUCGAAUGGUCACUGAGGAAGUACUUUCCUCGAACUUUCUCAUUCCUCCUGAUGAGAAUGUGUAUAGUGGAAAGACCAUUGCUCAGCUUUGUUGUAAUUCACUUAAAGACUUCAAUCCUAUGGUUCGUGUUUCUGUGGAAAAAGGUGAUUUGUCAAGUUUUGAUGUGGAAUUCUUCAGCAAAUUUGAUGUUGUUGUUGUCAGUUGUUGCUCACUUUCAGCCAAAAAACUAGCCAAUGCCAAAUGUCGGAAAGCAUCAAAACGUGUAGCAUUUUAUGCUGUUGACUGUAGGGAUUCUUCUGGUGAAAUUUUUGUUGAUCUGCAGGACUAUAAAUAUUCAAAGAAAAAAAUGGAAGAAACUAUUGAAUGCCAUCUAAACUAUCCAAGUUUUGAGGAUGCUUUAUCAGUACCUUGGAGGGCACUUCACAGGAGAAUGUCAAAGCUCUACUUUGCAAUGAGAGUAAUAGAGAAGUUUGAAGAUAUCGAAGGACGCAGUGCAGGAGAAGUUUCAAAUGCAGAUCUUUCCAAUGUUCUCAAACUGAAAAGGGAGCUUUGUACUUCCCAAUCUCUCAAUGAAUCUCAUGUGCCUGAUACUCUACUAGAAAGAUUGGUGACAGAUACAACUGAAUUUCCUCCAGUUUGUGCUGUUAUUGGGGGAAUCCUUGGACAGGAGGUUAUCAAAGCAAUUUCUGGGAAAGGGGACCCCCUAAAAAACUUUUUCUAUUUUGAUGCUUCUGAUGGGAAGGGUGUUAUAGAAGACAUAUCAGAUUCAAAUGCUGGGAAGUAACUUCUCUUGGGGAAGUGUUUCUUGUCCUAUGACACCGGCAAUCUUGGUUGUGAAUAUACCUUUGCGUAUACAGCAAAGAAAACUAGAAAAUAUAAACAGAUAUGAUUAAGAGACCGACCUCUUCAAGUGAACUAUCUUUUGGUGUAUUAAAUGAUCAUUUGUAGUUUUGUAGUUCCUUAUUUAUUUGGACUGUUGACAAUUUAGGGUUUAGAAUUGUCUCAGAAUUUAGACCUUCAAAUGUAUGUAUGCUGACCAGCAACUCAUUCUCUACUGUCAAGCUAUCUUUUAAGUUACAAAAACCGGGAGGUUUUAAAAUAUGUAAGAAAGAUUUCUAUCUUAGUAACUGUUCUGUAGCAUGGUCUUUUUCUCAAUUAAGACAUGUUUAUGGGGUUCAAGUAACUACUUUUGAAAUUAUUAUUA